AUGUCUCUUCGCAUAAUCCCUGCCCCAAAGCAUGCCGUUCAGAUCUCUACCACAAAUGGAGCUCCCAGUGUCCGUUCAAUCCCUGACCCGAUGAGGAACGGAUUGCAGUCUGUAUCUGCCGAAGUGAACGGAAAGCAUCCUCUGGAGGCUAGACUGAAGAACUGGGAUGAAACUCAGCAGGCUUUGAAGAUGGAAAGUCUGAUGAGGGUAUACGGUGCGCAAGAGCCGAUCAGGAGGGGUAUGGAGAUGAAGAUUAGCGGAUCGGACUGGAGACCGGCUCAACUGGGCGGACCUAGCAACUUCCACCUCGAUAUUCUGAAGGGGAAGGACACAACUAUCGAAUGGGAGGAUGUCUACAAGGGGACCGACAAUACCGAAGAACUGCCUGGUUUCCAUGCUGAGAUGGAGUCAAAGCUCAAGAUGAACUGGUAA